AGACUCAGCUCCUCAGCUCCGGGAGGAAGUUGCGAAUACCGGCGUCUAUGGUCACCAUGGUGACGGGACCGACUUCGGCCCCUCCCACCUGCCCCUCACCCUGCCGGGCGCACCAUGGCAACCAGACCUCUGCCUUGCGGAAGCUGGUCCCGCUGGUCUCCACAGUUGGGAAACCGCGGCGGACGCCGCCCCCGUCCCAAGGGACCCGAAAAUGUACAGCCAGCGAUUUGGCAUCAUACCGCGGGAGGUUAAGGGCCCCACUCCCAAGGUGGUGAUCGUGAGAGCUAAGCCUCCCAAAGUUCAAGGGGCUGAGCAACAUCUGCAAAGAAUCCAACAGAGCCAUCAGAAACAUCAUGCUGUCUUGGCUUCCAUUAAGUCAAAGGAGCGAGAUCGCUUGAAAGUUGAGUGGGACCAGCAUAAUGAUCACAAGUUUGUGGACAGUCUUGUGAAAGCAAGAAUCAAGGAUGCCAUGCAAGGUUUUAUCAUCAACACUGAAGAAAGACGAAAUAAGCUACGUGAACUUUUAGCAUCAGAAGAAAAUGGGUAUUUUAAUGAAAUGCAGUUGAAAGAAGAAACAAUUGAGGAGAAAAAAGAUAGAAUGAGAGAUAAAACCAGAUUAUUGAGAGAGAAGAAAGAAAAAGAGAGACAGGAUUUUGUGGCUGAAAAACUAGACCAGCAGUUCAGGGAAUGCUGUGAGGAGCUCCGUGUUCAGUUGUCCAGUGUCCAUCAGAAGAAGGUGUGCGAGGAGCGGAAAGCACAGAUAGCUUUGAAUGAGGAGCUGAAAAGGCAGAAACUGGUGGAAGAGCAGAUGUUCUUGAAGCUCUGGGAGGAAGACCGAUUAGCCAAGGAAAAGCGAGAAGCCGAAGAGGCGAGGAGGCAGAAAGAGCUGGCGGAGAACACACUCCUGGGGCUGAAUGCCCAGAUCACCAGCAUCAAGGUGCAAAGACGGGCCGCGCAGCAGCUGAAGGAAGAGGAGGCCCGUUUGGUGGAAAGUGACAAAGCACGGGUGAAACUUGAGAAUGAACAGGAUAAGCUAAAGAAAUGGAAAACAAAACAGGAACUUAGGGCUGCUUUGCAAAAAGCCCUCCUAGAGAAGACAGAGCAUAUUCAGCAAGAAUGCAGAGAAGAAGAGGACUUGAACAUGAAGCUUGUGCAGAGGGCCCUUCAAGACUUACAGGAUGAGGCUGAUAAAAAGAAGCAAAAAAAGGAAGACAUGGCAAGAGAACAGGAGAUAUAUCGUCAGUAUGUGGCGCAGCGGCGUGAGGAGGAAAGAGCUCAGGAGAAAGAAUUGGACAGAAUAUUAGAGGCACAGAAGGAAAAGAAAUUGGCUGAGAAGGACAAGGAGCUGAGACUUGAAAAGGAGGCAAGGAGACAACUUGUGAAUGAGGUCAUGUGUACAAGAAAACUUCAAGUUCAAGAAAAAUUACAACGAAAGGCAAAAGAACAGGAAGAGCGUGCUAUGGAAAACGAACGUAUAAAUGAAGGUCUUAAAGAGCUUAACCGUGAAGAAAAGGAGAAUUUUGCAAGACGCUCCCAUUUGGCCCAGGAGUACAGGAGGCAACUUCAGAUGCAGAUGUCAUACCAGCAGAAGGCCCGGGAAGCAGAGAAAGAAGAGGAGCGCAGAGAGUUUGAAGCAGGGGUAGCAGCAAACAAGAUGUUCUUGGACAAGGUCUCGGAGAUCCUGUCCGUCCACCCCGUGCUGCCCCGGAACGUCCAUCCCAUGCAGAGGGCCUGCCCGGAUCUGCUGCCACCACAGUCUCAUAAGUGUUAAUAUAUUUUUGCUCAGUCUCUUAAUGUGUUUAAGCACAGUAUUUCAACUCACAGAUAAACUUUCUUUUAUUUCUCUGAAUCUGCAUAAUUCCACAUAAUGUUACUCCUUCAAAUAAACUUCGUGCCUUUUUUAAGGCUUUAUAGACUUAGAA